AUGAGCCACUCUAUUUUAGUCUCUAACGUACCUGCAAAUGUCAGCGAAGGCUCUGUGAUGCGCUACAUCCGGGAAAUGACAGGCGAUGCUUCUGUAGUCCAUAUGCAACCCUUCCCAGACCAGUACCAUCACGUUAACGACAGCAAAAACACCAGGACGCUGCAGAUCUUUUUUGAGACUGCCAGCGAGGCAGCUGCUGUCAAUGCACUGUUCCAAACUUCAAACAUCGAAGAAGAAUUGGCACACGCACACGAUUCGUUCCAAGGAAACUCCAAAACCCAGGUGCCUCGGACUAUGACACAGGUCGAAACGUGGAUCGACAAUUCUCAAGAAGGCGUCCGCAGUACGGGACGGCGCAUCAGUGUGACGAUGAUCUAA